AUGUCGGGCUCAGAGGAGUUCAGGUUGGAGCAGCAUUCUAGUCAUCCUACUAACAGAAGAGCCAAAGAGGAAGGUGAUGCUGUGCCUCUUGGUCGAGCCAAACCCUCCCCCAGCUUUAUUAAACUUCAAGCAAGUUCCCCACCAGCCACUUUCCUGAAAAUCCUGGCAACAAAGCUGCCCUCAGGAAGUGAGCACAAGCCCAAGGAAUGUCUAGGACUCCUAGAAUGUAUGUGUGCCAGUCUCCAGCUUCAGACCCAGCUUGCCCAACAACAGAUGGCUAUUUUGGAAAAUCUACAAGCAACCAUGACACAACUGGCUCCUGAGAGAGAAAGCAAGAACUCUUCUCUCCCAGCCUUAUCUUGCAAUCUGUGGUUAAACUGCCUUCCCCGGGCUUCCCUGCCUUGCACGUCCUACCAUGGUCCCUAUCACACUCGACUGUCUACAGAUGUGUCCUCCACUGGGCUGUGA